AGGUUUUGGAACAACAUUAUGCUGCCGCCCAGACAUUUCAUUGUCAAAACUCAAAACUCCAGAAACUGCUGUUGUUUCCUCUCUUAUUACAGCCUUGAAUUAAAGACUACACAAGGGAUGCAGGUGACAUCAACGAGCCCGCAGACCAUCCAGAAGGCCGAGGGAGAGGAUGUGACAUUGGGCUGCAGGUACACACCGAGUCCUCUUGAUAGUGGAGAACUUGACAUCGAAUGGUCUGUGGUCAGUCCAGACCCCACGGAGAAAGAUAAGAUGCUCAUAUCCUACACCAGUGGCACUAAAUACAUCCACGGUGACAACAGUUUAACAAAAGGGCUUCGUUUUGAAGCUAGUGACCCCUCCCUGGGUGAUGCUUCGCUCUCAAUAUCUCUGCUGUCGUCUGCCCACAGCGCCACCUACCAGUGUAAAGUGAGGAAGUCACCUGGAGUGGACAUGCGCAAGGUGACACUGGUGGUAAUGGCCAAGCCGUCUGUGCCUAAAUGCUGGGUGGAGGGAGGGGAGCUGGUUGGGGAGCCUGUGUCUCUGCGCUGCAAGUCUGCAACAGGCUCCACUCCCUUAAAAUACUCAUGGAGGAGAGAGAUUGGGGGACCUAUCCCUGCUGCAGCCACACAGAACAGCGUGACAGGGGAACUGAAAAUCAGCAACCACUCACAGAGCUUUGCAGGAAUCUACCUUUGUGAGGCGAACAAUGCAGUUGGAGUGGAGCACUGCAGGAUCAACCUAAAAGCGAGCAAACCUCCAAACAGAGCAGCAGUGAUAGUCGGCACCGUCGUGGGUUCCCUGCUCCUCAUCUUCAUCCUCCUGGUCUUCAUUGUGCUUUUAUACUGGAAGCUGAGCAGCAGACGUCGCUAUGAAAAGGAGUUUUCCAAUGAGAUCAGGGAGGACGUUCCAGCUCCUGAAAGCCGCCCUGUGAGUCGCCAUACAAGCCGGAGCACCAGUGAGCACCCACAGGUUUCUUACUGUCAAGUUGGAGGGAGAGAGAAGUCUUUCAAUGACAGACGCACGCACACUCCCUCCAGCAACAGUCACAGUCACACACCGGUCAAAAGCACACCAGUCAAAUAUGACAGCAAGUAUGGAUACGUAGUCUGACCAUCAAUAGGAGAGCUGGACUGAGGAGGUUUAGGCUCUCUGUAAAACCACACUUCAUUUUCAAACACUGUAUAUUUGAAACAAACAUUUGCUGUGAGAAAAUGUACAAACAUUGUUUAGACUAAUUAAUGAAGAUCGUGUAGCCCUGAACCUACACAGAAGCUUGCGUAUGUGUCUUGAAGUGCAGCUUCUCACAAUGUAACUACGUAUCAAAACCCAGUGGACCGCAACCCUUGUGAUUGGUCCACUUGGUAGCAUCGUAUGUCCUCUAUUUACAAUUUCCAGGAUCACUGGGGUUCUCCCCUGUCCCCUGGCAGAGUAUUGCUGAGUGACACGGACACUCCAACACAAAAGUUUGCUGUGUUUAGGAUGGCGUGGUAGACCACUAUAGGGUAGUUGCAGGUGUAGAGUCGUCGCAGAAGUACAAACCAGACAUUAGUCCUGUGAAAUGUUGUCUUCUGUUAUUGUUAGAAUUACUAAAAUAAAUAGUUGUCUGGAAAGCUUGAUAUUUUUUUUAACAUUUGCAGAAUCUUUAAGGUAUAACAUUUAUGUAUAAAUAAAAGUCUAAACAAUGAGUAGAAUAAUUGAUCAUUAUCACAAUUGUCAACAAGUUCAAACCCAAAAGGAACAUGGCUUACCUGGAUUUGUUAAAAAACAACAACAUAAGAACAGUAGUGAAUUAUGAAUAGCAAGGGGGCCUCAUCCCUCCUGUUCGCACUGAAGCUAAAACAUUUGUUUCGGUUAACAUUCUUAGUUGAAAGUCUGAAAUGUUUUUAAUGGUUUUCAUUGGUAGGCUAAAUAUCAUGGAUGGUAUUUUUUAAUCUUACCUCUAAUUUAUUUGGGGAAGACAAUAAAUAUUGUCAAUUAAUAGUGACCAGUCAUCAACAAAGAAAAAAAUAAGGGAGGAGGAAAACACUGAAAGAAGUUAAGGGCAGACACAAAGCAGCCACAAACCUGAACACAGGAUGGGCUUGGCAGUGUUGAAGGACUGACUGAGUAAGAAGAAAAUGCCAACUUCCUUUAACACUCAUAGGGAAGGGGACCUUACACAGGUGCUGCUGUUAUUUUCUACAUCUGAAGAAUGCAAGAAUGACAAAUGCAACGGAAGUGUGACAAAUUAAAAUUCAAA